AUGAAGUCCAGUUUGGUGAUAUCAACAUGUUUGCUGUUCAGCCAGGGCUUGGCCGAGGAACGCCACCCCCUUGUUGCAUCCCUUGGUGCCCUCCGCGUAUUGCACUACAACAACCUUGGCCCCCAAAACAAUGGCACCUCUGCCGUUUUAGCACACGGUCCCUCAAACUACGUUGAUGCUGCUGCAAAAUGCACUGCUAUUGGCGAGAAGCUGCUCCCGUGGUCGUCGAGGCGAAACAACCACACCGAACUCGAUUAUGAACUGAACUAUCUUGUCUUUGCGAAAGAGCUAGGAGCCGAUGAUCACCUGUGGAUAUCAACCGAACAAGAAAAUGACAAGUGUUGUUUUGCCCUCUCGAUCUCCCAUCGUAAGAUCGUGCAGAAACAAUGCGAUGAUGAGCUACCGGCCCUCUGUACCUCAACUCCGCCGGCGACAAGUGAUCUCGACCGUGCCGCAAGGGAAACCACAAAGCUGACCGUGACAUCCGACUAUUAUACCUUGACAGGAUAUCGAGAUGCGCGCUCCUUCCGCUUCCUCGGCGUCCCUUUCGCAAGUCCCCCGAUCGAUGACCUGCGCUUUGCUCCACCGCAACCCUACACAGGAUCGAAGGACAUCGAUGCGACUAGCAUGGGAGACUCAUGUAUCCAGACUCCUUCAAGUUUGAGCACUGUGCCUAUCGGUGGAAUGUCUGAGAACUGCCUUUACUUGAACAUCUUCACUCCGUUCCUGCCUCACAGUGCCACAACGAGCACCAUGCUGCGCCCCGUGGCUGUUUAUCUAUACGGGGGCUCAUUCACGCGAGGUACCGCAGCCAUGGUGGAUUAUGAUGGUGGAAACUUCGCCAGCCGCAGCGAUGUGGUCAUCGUCACCCUUAAUUACCGGGUCGGAGCAUUAGGCUUUUUGUCCACGGGGAACCUGACAACUGGAAGCUAUGGGACCCAGGACCAGAUCAUGGCCUUGAAAUGGGUACAAAAGCAUAUUUCUGCAUUCGGAGGUGAUCCCUCUCAUGUAACUGUCUUCGGGCAGUCCUCUGGUGGUCAAGGUGUGGUAGCUCUGCUCUCUUCUACCGCAGCGAAGGGUCUCUUCUCCGGGGCGCUGGUGCAAUCGGCAAACCUCGACCUCCCUUGGUUCCCUCGUGCUCUUUACUCGAAAUACAUUGCCCCUGAAGUUGGGAGGGCAGUUGGCUGUGACGGAAAUGCUUCAGAGGCCAAUCUCCUCAAAUGCCUUCGUUCCGUCCCGGCUUCAAUGUAUCUCGACAAUUCAACCGCUUUCCAGGCCGCUACCAAGAUGUUCUCAUCCAGCAUCGCAAAACAUUUCCACCACAAUACAGCGCUGAUAUCCGCGGCUGAGCCAUUCAGGCCGAUGGUAGACGACACCGGAUCUGGCGUAAUCGAUGAUCAAUUCUACAAACUGCUAAAACAAAGCAAUCUCCCUGUGCACGUCCCGACCAUGUUCACCACUGUCCGCGACGAGGCAAGUCUCUAUAUGGGAGCCUUCGGCUCGAUUCAGGCCCCGUUUAGUACCUUACUUAAUUACACCCUCGGUGACACCCUAGCCCAGAAGAUAAUCUCAUCUGGUGCGUACAAUGUGGAUGAUUCAGACCGCAAUGCCGUCCUGAACGCAGUUUCCGAUGCCGUAACGCAUAGCCAGUGGAAUUGUCCGCAGGGUUAUCUUCUUCACAACUCAGGAUCCGCAUUCCCAUCUCUAUACGAAGUCCAAAUAGCGGACGGCCAUGCGCUGACAUCACAUAUGCCGGAUGUCUGUUAUCCAAAUAAUGAAUAUAACGCUUCCUGUCAUACCUCGGACGUCUUGCUCGCGUGGGGUACACUAAAUACCAAGACGGAAGAUGUACAUCCGUACUACGAUGAUCGAGAUAUUCUUCACUCGCAGCUCAUCCAUGAUGUAUUUGGUGCGUUCUUUCGGGAGAGAAACCCAAAUCCAGAUUGGGAGUUCUUGAAAGUCCGUGGUCCUGCGUAUGCAAGUACUCUUUCGAUAUUCGGCGAGGAUAUUCGCUCAAAUUUCUUAUUUGGGCGAGCUGAGAAGGGGUUUGUUAUUGAGCAGUAUGCACCGGAGCGCAAUAUGACACUUCUGGGAAUGCCGCCGUCCACUACGGUUAAUUUUGAAGAGAAGACUAUCUGUGCUGUGAUGCGCGAGUAUGGGUUUACUUUCCAGAGAGCAGCGCUGUCGGAUUGA